UGUAAACACGUCACCAAAAGGCGACACAGUCCUUUUUCAAACGUAUUUGUGGAAUAUGAAUCUCAGCAUUUGUUUGAUAUGAUUAAAUGUCAUUUUGGGGAAUUCAUCUAACUAAAUUAACGACAAAUGUUUAUCUCAGUAAAUAGCUCCAUGUGCAACACUAAAUAAAGUCCCCGGAAGUGACUUUCUUCAUGUGUAAACACAUGGCUUGAAGUCGUGUCUGACGCUCAUUAUGCCCAAACUGUUUGAUAUAAAGUUUCCAGGAGGGUGUAAGACUCUUCCUGAAGGCUUUUGGUCGUCGGUAGACGUGUGGAUAAAGAAACCUCACGUUGUAAACAAACGUCUUUGCGGAGUGAAGGAGACGGAGAGUGAAGAUGUGGGCAGAGAGGAGCUGCUGUUUCUGCUCCAGGAUCCUGAACUCUCUCUCCGUGUGUUUUCUUUCUUGGAUGGCAGAGAUUCACCUGCGCAGACACAUGCCAAGGAAAAAGCCUGGACUUCCAGUGUCAGAACAUUUAUCCCUAAAGUCAACAAUUAUGGGGCAAACCUGCAUAAAGAAGUGAUUGUCAAAGACUUUUGCAGACAACAAGUGACCUUUCUUCCAUUUGAAGAGGAUUCAGAGAAAAAGGUGACUCUGAAGAGGGGCAACAUUUAUCAGAUCCAGCUCCUCCAUCAGGACUGCGAGGAGUGGAGCUUGGAGCUGCACGCCUUGACUCCAGACGCCUGGUUCUCCGAUGGCGUGGCAUACCCGAAGCUGCCCUGGCUGUCCUCUGACCUUCUGCCCAAACUGGUCCGCUGGGCCGCCGAGUGCAGGAGCAGCGAGUUCAAGAGCACGUUGUCUCUGCUGCCGGUGGAGAAGUACAGCGUCACGUACCAGCAGCUGAAGGAGAAGUACAAGGCCAUGGUCAAGGUUUGGCCUGAAGUUACGGACCCCGAGAAGUUUGUCUACGAGGAUGUAGCCAUCGCCACCUAUCUGCUGGUGCUGUGGGCCGAGGAGCGGGCAGAGAGAGGUCUGACUGCCCCACAAUCCUUUGUGGACCUAGGCUGUGGAAACGGCCUCCUGGUUCACAUACUGACCAAUGAGGGGCAUCCUGGAAAGGGCAUCGACGUCCGGAGGAGGAAGAUCUGGGACAUGUUCGGUCCCGGCACUCUGCUGGAGGAAAAAGCAAUUACUCCCAGCGAGGGCUUCUUAUUCCCGCGUACGGACUGGCUGAUUGGGAACCACUCAGACGAGCUCACGCCGUGGAUCCCUGUUAUAGCAGCCAGGUCGUCUUACUCCUGCCGCUUCUUCGUCCUGCCCUGCUGUUUCUUCGACUUCUACGGGAAGUACCAGAGACGCCAGUGUAAGAAGUCCCAGUACAAAGAAUACAUCGACUUCAUCGCUGAGGUCAGCGGGGUCAGUGGCUUCAUCACGGAGGAGGACUGCCUGAGAAUACCGUCCACCAAACGGGUGUGUCUGGUGGGAAAGUCAAGAAACUACGGGCUACCUGAUGAAGCCGAAGCUGAGCAGCGAAGAGCUUGUUACGUUCAAAGCCGCCAGGCAGCCUCAGGGGUCAGCGUUCAAGGGUCACACAUCGGAAAUGACGGGGACUGUUCCCUUGGAAACAAAGAGUCUGGCAGGACCCCCGGGAGCAGCUGGGGAGCCGGGUUCCAGCCCAGAGACAGGGUUGAAACGGUUCGAAACUGUGCUGCUCUCCCGCGGGAUUUUGUCGACCGCGUUGUCCUGCGGGUUGCUAAUGUGCUUCUGGGAAUGACCGAUGAUGACGGCAGGGAGUCCACCAGUGCCUGGAACAGAGGAGGAAGCCUCUCUGUGAGCGAGGUUGCCGGCCUGUUGGAGCAGGAGGCCCUGCAGCUCCUGAAGAAGGAGUGCGGAGGCCUUCAGACGCUGCUCAAGAACAACCACCAAGUCUUCAGAGUGGAAGGAGGGAGGGUUCACAUCAGGGACUGGCGGGACAAGAAGUCUUCUAGGUCAGAUACCAAGAAGAAGCCCGUUGCGCCUGGUGCCAUGAAGACCCGCCCCUGCUGGUUCUAUGACCACCAUCCUCAGCGCUGCCCCCUGCAGGCGGAAGAGUGCCCCUUCGCCCACGGACCGGGUGACCUCAGACCCUCAACCAGGCCCCUAAAGAAGAUGAAAAAAAGCCAUCUUCUGAGUGACUGAUUCCUUCUUGAACACUUGAGUUCAGCUCGUUUAUUGAGUUGAUUCUUUUUUAAUUUGCAGAAGAACUUUUGUGACUACCUGUGUUUGCUCAGUGCAUCAGC